CACAGUUACAAUUGGUAAUUGAUAUUGCUGGUAGAUGUCUCCGUGUUGUUCACGUUUGUUCAUGUGUGCAUUCGUCUGAAUGUAUGCACUACGUUUACUUUUUCCGCAGAGCUGUCGCCAUGAAUUCUGGUGCGUUCAAUAACUUCAGAACCUCGCUCUACGUGCUCAACCUGCAUGUCGACGUCACCGAGACGAUGCUGGACAAGAUAUUUUCAACGGUCGGGCACGUGAGGCUCAUAAAAGUAUUCCGCAACAAGAAUACCAACACCUCUCUCGGCUACGCAUACGUUGACUUCAAGUACUGGCUCGAAGCCAAACUGGCCAUUGAUAUAAUAAAUUUCUGCAUUAUAAACGGGCGGCCUAUUCAUAUCAUGUGGGAUGAGGACUUUCCCAUUUUAACCAAGUUUGAUGACAAAAAUGUAUCUAUUACAAACCUAGACAAAAAGAUAGAUCAUCAAGCGCUGUACGAUACGUUUUCCGCGUUCGGCAAGAUAGUGACGUGUAAGGUUGAGAAAAGCGAAUCAAAGGGCACGUCAAAGGGUUAUGUCCAUUUUGAAACGAAGGAAGCAGCCGACAAAUCUAUCGAGGAGAUCAACAAGAUGUUGCGAAGUGGCAGGAAGGUGUACGUCGGCAAGUUCAUCCCACGUAUGGAACGCCGAAAGGAUUUGGAUGAAAAGGCUGAUGUUUCAUUGUUCCCAAAUUUUCACUUUGACGAGGAAAUGUCUUUGACUGACAAGCUGAAUUACGUUCAGGACGAUUACAAGCCACAAAAUGCUGAUCAAGAAUGUCAAGUAGCAGUGGCACAGCUUGAAAUCUAUCGUGACAUUAUGUUCGCCGAACGUAAUACAGAUUUACAAGCAGUUGGUGGUGUCAGACUAAGCCGUUUCAGGACGUAUCCAGCCGUAUCCAGUUUUCGUAGAGGAUAUACACGGCGUGUAGAGGAUAUACACGUGCGCAGCGAGCAGUCACUGCAGUUCCAUUCGGGCAAUUGGUUCACGCCUUUGACUGGCCCACAUUUAGAGCCAGGAGCAGCCGCUCGCAGCGAGCAGUCACUGCAGUUCCAUUUGGGCCAUUGGUUCACGCCUUUGACUGGCCUAUAUUUAGAGCCAGGAGCAGCCGCUCGCAGCGUCAAUCGCAGGGCAACAGCAAAGCUGACAAAAGCAAAUGCUAAGAGAAUUCCUUACAGACUCCAAAACACGUAUCAUCCACGACUGACUGGUCUUGACAGUCCUCUUGAUCUACGGAUAAAGAAGCUUUGAUGAGAAGUAUUAUACUUUACGAAAUAUCUAGAAAGGCUUGCGCUACACCACACAUGCGCCAGAAAUCCAGCAAUCUUCCAACACUGCUGACCGGUAAGAUCAUCGGUAUAUUGCAGAAGAUGCGAUUGCGACGACAGCAAAUCUUUACAUACUGGAGCACGUGGAAUCCGAGAAGGCCAAACUCGACGAAGCCGUGGCCGUAUUACUGUGGCGUGAGCACUUAUCAGGCUAAGCAGUCGCACAAAAAAAA